AUGACCAAUCAUCGGCGGCCCACCUCUACCACGAACAGCAACAGUACGAGCAACGUGGUCACAAGACGUCUGCGUGGUCGCGCUAGCCAGGCAAAUUCGCACGACGAGGAUCAUGAGGAAGAGGAUGCAGCUGCCUCCGAUGAGGGCACUGAUGGAGGCUCUAGCUCGCAGAGCUACGAAGAUGAGGAUGAAGACUCCGACUCGGAAGACAAUCAGCCACUGACUAGCUACGUCUCGCCCAGCAAUGGUCGUCCGAGGCGCAAGGCGAAAACCUCCUCCUCAUCUGCGACAACUCAAGAUCGUCCGCUGCGGCGCACACGUCGCCCGCCAUCGAAUAACUCCAUAGCGAACGACAACGAUGACGAUGACGACUAUGUUGUGCCGCGCAGUCGUCGUGCCAACCGGGGUGGAAACCAGCGCGCCGGGCGUAACCAAAAGAGGCCGCGCUACAAUGAGCAGUCUGAGGAGGAAGAGGCGGCGGCUGGCUAUUCCCAUCGCAGUAAACGAAUCCGCAACGGCGAUGCCCAUGCCAGCUCCCAGGAGCGAUCACAGGCCUCCACCGAGCGGGACCAGGCGGAAGACGAGGAUGGUAGUUCGGUGGACUCGGAUGACCAGCGGGUGAACGUGAGCAGCAGAGGCAGGGUGCGCAAGCCGUCUGCUAAGGCGCGCGGUAUCUUCAAGGAGUGA